GUCGGUGUUAUGACAGGGAGCAUGCGGUGGUUCGAUCACUGAACAUCUUCUCCGGUCUCUGGCUGUCCACCGUGUCCUCCCGCCACUUCCAGCCGCAGACAUGUCGCUGUCUCUGGGAUGGCUCUCCGCUCUGGUCGCGGGGUUUUUCUCCGCUCACGUUCUUCAGAAACUCUGCUUCCCGUACUUCUGGAGGGACCUGCUUUUCCUGCUGAAGGUGAUCCGGUACGGAGUGAAGCUGGAACUCUUCAAAGUGACAUCCAGCGUGUGCACGGUCCUGGACCGGUUCGUGGAGCAGGCGCAGCGCAUCCCAGACAAGCCGUUCGUCAUCUAUGACGGAACCGUCCACACCUACCGGGACGUGGAUCGACGCAGCAACAGACUGGCCGAUGUUUUCCUCCACAAAGUGGGCUUGAAGAAAGGAGACUGUGUUGCCUUGCUCAUGAGCAACGAGCCCGACUUCCUCUGCGUUUGGUUCGGGUUGGUGAAGGUCGGCUGUUCGGUGGCUUUUCUCAACACCAACAUCAGAUCCAAAUCCCUGCUCCACUGUUUCCGCUGCUGCGGAGCCAAAACGGUCAUAGUCGGUUCAGAUUUUGUGGAAAGUCUGGAUGGGACUCUGACCAGCCUUUUGGAGGACAACAUUCAGGUGUGGACCAUGAAGGACCAGAGUGGACACACACAGGUACACACUCUGUUGGACAAGCUGGAUGCAGCGUCCGACCAACCUGUUCCACCUGUGCUGCGAGCCACCUCCUCCUUAAAGACCCCUACCCUCUACAUCUUCACCUCUGGGACAACUGGACUCCCUAAGGCUGCAGUCAUCACCCACCUCCAGAGCCUGAAGGCAGCAGCAGGAUUUUGGGCGUUUGGAGCGACUGAAUCUGAUGUGAUUUACAUCCCUCUGCCGCUCUACCACAGCGCAGCAUCCCUGAUCGGAAUAGGAGGAACCAUCGAGCUAGGAGCCACCUGCAUCUUGAAGAAGAAGUUCUCGGCCUCCCAGUUCUGGAGCGACUGCAGGAAACACGAUGUGACCAUUUUCCAGUACAUCGGCGAGCUGUGCAGAUACCUCUGCAACCAGCCCAAGACACAAAUGGAUCAUGUUCACAAGGUGCGAAUGGGAGUUGGGAAUGGGCUGCGGCAGGAUGUUUGGCGGGAGUUCCUGAGUCGCUUCGGGGACAUUAAAAUGUGCGAAGUGUACGGCUCCACCGAGGGAAACCUGUGCUUCAUGAACCACAUCGGCAGGAUUGGAACGGUGGGCCGUUCCAACUUCUUCUACAGGCUCCUAUUCAAGUAUGAUCUGGUGAAGUACGACAUGGUCAAAGAUGAGCCAGUGAGAGAUCAGCAUGGUUUCUGCCAGCGAGUGAAGAUGGGAGAGACGGGGCUCCUGCUGUCCAAGGUGAGCACUCUCAGCCCGUUCUUUGGCUACGCUGGAAGCAAACAGCUGACUGAGAAGAAACUGAUGAGGAACGUGUUUGUGAAGGGCGACGCCUACUUUAACACGGGCGACCUGAUGGCUGAAGAUCAGGAGGGCUUUAUUUGCUUCAGAGACAGAGUGGGAGACACCUUCAGGUGGAAGGGUGAAAAUGUUGCAACCACGGAGGUCACAGAGAUUCUCGGACUGGUGGAUUUUAUUCAAGAAGUCAAUGUUUAUGGAGUGGAAGUACCAGGACACGAGGGCAGAGCGGGAAUGGCCGCCCUGAUUGUAAGAUCUGGACUCACGUUUGAAGGGAAGAAACUGUUUGACCACGCAGUAAGGGAUCUACCAGCCUAUGCUCGUCCACUCUUCAUAAGACUUCAGGAGGUGAUGGAGAUGACGAGCACCUUCAAGCAGCAGAAGUUCCAGCUGGUGCAGAGCGGCUUCAACCCUUCAACCAUCUCCGAUCCCCUCUAUGUGUUGGACUACCAUGAGAAGACCUACGUUCCUCUGACGGAGCAGAUCCACCAGAGCAUCAUCAGUGGACAGAGAAAGCUCUAGAACUCCUAAGGAUGCUCAGCGUGAUAGGAAUAAGUUUGACAUUUGGCUGUGGAUGGAUGAAAAGCCCUCAUCCAGUCAGCCAGGAAGAGGAUGUUAAUGAGUUCACUGGAAACACUGGAACAGUCAUUUCUCAUUAAUCUAAAAAAAAGCUUCUGAUAAACAUGAUGGACCUGAAUGUAUUUCUUUCAGACAGAAGUCUACUGAAGUGACUUCAUGUUAAUUAAUUUUUUGUUAAUUUUCCUCUAAAAAAGAAGGUGCCUGAUUUGGUAAAUGAAGAAUCUUCAUAUAAAGCGAUGAAACAGAUAAUAAAACAAUUUAAAACCCUUAAUGAAACCAGUCGACGUUUAAUGGAUAGUCUUUAGAAAUGUUGGCAGACUGCUGAAAACUGAGAUUAUAAAGAGCUCCACUUUCAUGUAUGAUGGUAGGAAAGGUUUCCACUAACAGCAAUUUCGUCACGUCCAAGUUUACAAGCAGAGCAACAUAAAAAUCAAAUCUCAACCCAUAUUUUAUUCCCAGUAAAACGUAACAUAUCAGAUGUUGAAACAGACAUUUUAUUUCAUGGAAUGAACUAUUGGUGAAUCCGAUGGCAGCAACACGUCUGGAAAAAGUUGGAACAGGAGCAACAAAAGGCUGGAAAAGUAACGGUUAGGGGGACGUCAGGUAGCCAGGGCCACUUCGUAAAGCUCUUUGGAAACUAAAAACAAAUAUUGUGUGACACUGAAAUGUGUUUUGUGGUUUGUGGUGGACUGUUUUUAAUAUUUUUGUGUUGAAUUUGUGCAAUAAAGUUUAAUUGUUCA